CUCUAGUAUCCAAAUUUGUUGUGGAAGAUAAAUUAUAGAGAGUUACGAGAAUGGACCACGCUAUAACGCCGGAACCGCACUUGGUACCAGGUUACACGGGUCACUGCGCCCAGAAUCGCGACCGAGUGGGCCGAACUUAUGGCCGUCAGACGCACAAGCUGUUAAUAGACCCCUGUAUUUACCACGCACCCGAACUGAUAGUGGCUCCCAUACAUGCCAAGCGCGGCCUCAAGGACUAUCCCACAGAGCAGGAGCUGAAGAUUCUGCGCACUCGCGAGGGUUUGGUGGACUCCGUUUACCGGCAUCCCAUAUUACCAGGCUACGCCGGCUUUGUCCCGAACAAAGUGAGUCAGAUUGGCAAGCGAUAUGUUGCUGCCGCAUCCGCUGGAGUAGCUCGGCAUGAGACGCUUAUGGAGUUGUAUCGGUGCGAGAACCGGACGCUCAGGCAUCGUGAUCUGCUGGAGAGUGGGAACGGUCUCUUCGACCGCAAGAUCAACGAAAGACUGCUGCCACAGACCUACUACCGAUCGCCCCUGAUCCCGGUGACCGGAGUGUCCAAGGGCAUUAAGGAUGAGUCGUGUCCGCCGAAAACGGAGAAACUCUGCUAUAGCAAGUUCACAUCGCCACACUUCCUGGAGGAUGAAGAUGCCGACAAGUUCAUAAUCAAUGGUUACUCCGGCCACAUUCCCAUGUCAGUGACCCGAUUCGGGGAGUCCAACAAGGUGCUGACCAACCGAGCACUGUGCAGCUUCUCGGACUAUAUGUACAAGCGGAAGCGGGACACGUGGUGUUGUGGCCAGGAUCUCAGCCGGCCGGCCAUCACCUGCCCGCCCGUGGGACACUUCGUCGUCUACCACGAGGACAGCGGAAUGGUGCCCAACUAUGCGGGUCACGUUCCCGGAGAGACGUACAAGUUCGGACGCACCUACGCCAAGACCACCUACGAUGCGAAGCGCUGGCUGGAGGUGCACAAGAAUCUUACCGUGCUGCCCGAGGUGGCCAAUCUGGAUUACGCCUAUUGAGGAGAUCCACCUGCGGGUAUUUUUCCUCUGGGCAUGUUCGAAUUGUAACGCUUUUUUCAAAGCCUUGCCACCCCACAUCGCAAGUGCAGCAUUUAUUGUCCUUGUCUCAUCUGGUCCCACUGGCGAUUGUUGUGUUGUAUCGAUACAACAACAACAUCUCCAGCUUUCUAUCUACGUCGUUCGUUGCAGCAAAUAAAUAAGUUUUAAUUGA